AGAGCGCGCGCGCGCGCCAGAGAGAGACGGAGCGAGAGGCGCACGUUAACAAUCCUCGGAGCUCUGCGAAUUCGCUUUGAAGAUCACGUAUAAUUUGACAAAAUCGUGGACAUUGGAUGACCUUCGCGACACCGUAAUCUCUCCGAAUCAAGGCGCUGAGUUCUACAUUUUCUUUAAGGAAUUCGGCGACCCGAUAGUCUUAGCAAAUUGUUAACGUUUUCGCAAAUUUAUCCGAAUCUCUCGCGCUCUAGCUAACCUCAAUCGCCAUUGCUCUAAUUCAAGCUCCUCUGCGUUUAAUUUAGCGUUUUCAUAUCGAAAACGUGCAAAAAUCUAAUGGUUUAAAAAAUUCGAAGGUGUCUCUGAGUCUUUAGGGUUUCUUUGGCGUUCUGGAAAGCGUCUUGGGCCGUUUCAGAGCUUAGAUUGAUCAUAGAGGCUCUGAAUUGAGGUUUGAUUUCGUGGCUGUUGUGGAUUUUUAAGUCUUUAGGCAGACUUCGCGAGCUGCGAUAUCUGUCUUUAAGGCCAACUUUUGGUUGUGGGAUAAAUGAGGGAGUUGUUCUCUCUUCCACAAUCUUGGCACAGAACUUUAGUAUCCUCUUCAGGGCAAUACUUGUACAUGGGCCGAAGUUGCAAGGCGACUUAUCGUGUUCGAUAUAUUUGGGGCUGUUGUUGAAAUGGGCGUUGGGUCUGUAACUCGACUGCAGCUGGUAUUGCAACUUGAAUGGCUGAUACACAGAGAGGUGGUCUCGCCGAAAAGGACAUCGAGCAGGCCAUUGCAGCACUUAAAAAAGGUGCACAUCUACUAAAGUAUGGACGCAGAGGGAAGCCAAAGUUCUGCCCAUUCCGGCUUUCUAAUGAUGAGUCUAUACUGAUAUGGUACUCUGGAAAAGAAGAGAAACAACUUAAACUAAGUCAUGUUUCAAGGAUUAUUCCUGGACAACGCACUGCAAUCUUCCGGCGGUAUCCUCGUCCUGAGAAGGAAUACCAAUCAUUUUCACUUAUAUGCAAUGACAGGUCCUUGGAUUUGAUUUGUAAAGACAAGGAAGAAGCUGAAGUUUGGUUUGUUGGUCUCAAGGCAUUGAUUACCCGAGGUAACUACCAGAAAUGGAGAGGCGAAUCAAGAUGUGACAGUGCAUCAUCAGAUAGUCAUCAUUCUCGUAUACGAAGAAAUUCUCCAUCUAUCACACCAUUUGAUCCAGGGGAUAAUGAAGGGAUUCCUUUAGAGAAUCUUCCACUGACUAGAUUGGGAAAGGCAUUCUGUGACAUAAUAUCCUAUACUGCAGCCACUAAGGAAUCAGUUUCGAAUUCCACGUUAUCAUCUGCAGCUGUAGAGAACUCAAAUGCUCAAAGUUUAGUAGCAGUAGAGGCAUCUCGAGUUAGUUUAUCUAGUGCCGUGAGCUCAUCGAGCCAUGGGUCUGGUCAUGAUGAUUUUGGUGCCUUGGGUGAUGUUUUCAUUUGGGGGGAAGGUAUUGGUAACGGAAUGCUGGGUGGUGGUAUGCAUAGGGUUCAGAGUUCACAUAGUUUCAUGAUAGAUGCCCUUGUCCCCAAGGCAUUGGAUUCAAAAGUACCUCUAGAUGUUCAUAAUAUUGCUUGUGGUGGCAGACAUGCUAUCCUAGUCACAAGACAAGGGGAGAUCUUUAGUUGGGGGGAGGAGUCGGGGGGCAGGCUGGGGCAUGGUGUAGAAGCAGAUUUUUCCCACCCAAAGCUCAUUGACACUCUUAGUGGCAUGAACGUUGAAUCAGUGGCAUGUGGAGAAUAUCACACUUGUGCUGUUACAUUUUCUGGGGAUCUUUAUACGUGGGGUGAUGGUACUCACAACUCUGGUCUGCUUGGGCAUGGAAGUGAAGCUAGUCAUUGGAUUCCUAAAAAAGUAGGUGGUUUCAUGGAGGGUAUACAUGUAUCAAAUGUCUCUUGUGGACCUUGGCACACAGCUAUUGUGACAUCAGCUGGCCAGCUGUUUACAUUUGGGGAUGGAUCUUUUGGUGCCCUUGGCCAUGGAGAUCAUAGUAGUACAAGUAUUCCUCAGGAAGUGGAAACCUUGAAAGGACAGCGGACAAUGAGGGUUGCUUGUGGUGUUUGGCACACUGCUGCUGUUGUUGAUGUGAAGAAUGAGUCAUCCGUUUCUGGACCUUCUGGUCACUCUUCAUGGGGAAUGCUGUUCACCUGGGGGGAUGGAGAUAAAGGUCGACUUGGACAUGGUGAUAUAGAACCUAGACUACUUCCUGAGUGUGUAGCCGCAUUAGUUAACGAAAAUAUUCAUCAAGUAGCCUGUGGUCAUAAUCUCACAGUUGUUCUGACAACCUCAGGACAAGUAUACACAAUGGGUAGCACUGCAUAUGGACAGCUGGGUCGUCCUGUAUCUGAAGGAAAAGUUCCCGGUCGUGUAGGAGGUAAAAUUGCUGACAGUUCUAUAGAUGAGAUUUCCUGUGGUUCAUAUCAUGUUGCAGUUCUGACUUCCAAAGCAGAGGUUUAUACUUGGGGAAAGGGUUCAAAUGGGCAAUUAGGCCAUGGUGACUAUGAUCACAGAAAUACACCUACCCUUGUAAAUUUUUUAAAAGAUAAGCAAGUAAAGAAUGUAGUGUGUGGUUCAAACUUUACAGCUGUUGUUUGCCUUCAUGAAUGGGUAUCUAGUGCCGACCAUUCUGUGUGCUCCGGUUGCCAUAAUCCUUUUGGUUUCAGAAGAAAACGUCACAAUUGUUACAAUUGUGGGUUAGUCUUUUGCAAAGCUUGCAGUAGCAGGAAAUCUCUUAAAGCUUCUUUAGCUCCAAAUAUGAACAAGCCAUAUCGGGUGUGUGAUGUUUGUUAUGCAAAACUGAAGAAGGCCAUGGAAUUUGGACCUAUUCUGCGAAUUCCUAAAGCCAAAAGUGCAAGUAUUCAUCAUAAAUUGAAUGACAUGGCAGACAAAGAGAGUCGUGGUCUUAACCUACGGACAACUCUCUCCAGAAUGUCAUCUUUUGGCUCAGGUACUCAAUCAGAAAGCAAGCAUUCAAAGCCUGACAUGAAAGUGGAACUGCAUAAUAGUCGUGUCUUUCCCUCUCUGAGCGAAAAUUUUCAGUUUGGUGGCUUUUUCUCUUCAAAAGUAUCACAUUCUCUUUUCAGAAAUCCAAAGAAAGUGUCGUCAGUUUCCCUUCCUGGUUCUAGAAUGCCUUCUCAAUCAACAUCUCCUGUUUCAGAAAAGUCAAGCCCAGCACGGUUUUCUGAAGAAAUCUUUGACUAUACAAAGAAUAGAAAUGAUGGUUUAAGUCAAGAAAUCAUAAAUUUAAGGGUCCAGGUGGAAGAUCUUACUAGCAAAACCCAACACCUUGAAGCUGAACUUGAAAAAACAACACAGCAAUUGAAGGAGGUCACUGCCAUUGCAAUAGAUGAAGCUGAAAAACACAAAUCCGCAAAGGAAGCUAUCAAGUCUCUUACUGCUCAGUUGAAGGAAAUGGCUGAAAGACCACCUGAAGAAUUUAUGACCAAAUUUAGUGCUGGCUCUAUUGCUGGAAACACCUCCAAUGUUCUAAACCAGCUCUCCAACAUGAACCAUCCACCUAACAGAAUCACUUCAGAGGCUGGGUCAAAUGAAAAUCUGACAAACCGAACUUUACAUAAUGGAACCAAGCCACCUUCUGGAAAUGGAGAGUGGGUAGUGCCUGGUGACCCAGGCGUGUACAUAACUUUGUCCUCCUUGCCAGGUGGUGGUACUGAACUGAAACGCGUUCGCUUCAGCCGGAAACAUUUUACACAGGAACAAGCAGCGAAGUGGUGGUCUGAAAAAGGGGCCAAAGUAUGUGAAGAGCUCAAUGCUCGUAAUUCAGAGCAAAAUGUAGUUGGCAGUCGAGCAUUCCCUGGGAAAAAACAUGCAUCAUACCACGGUUUUCCAUGAUCCUCUUCCUUUC